AUGGCGUCGGACGGACACCCUACGGAGAACCUAACAGACCUCUUACGCUCCCUGGAGAACUAUGAUCCUCUGAUUCCUGACGACCUGACUGCAUACUAUCUGCAAAAUUCAGGCGUCCGAAACCCCAACGUCCACGUCACUCGCCUUGUGUCAGCUGCGGCGCAUAAGUUCAUAGGGGAGGUAGCCAGUGACGCUCUACAGUUCUGCAAGAUCCGGCAGGCGAACAGCGGCAAGGAGAUGAAGGCGAAAGGGCCCAAGGAGAAGAAGCUUGUACUCACUACAGAGGACCUCGCUGCUGCAUUGAAGGAGGUGAGUUCAUACUUAAUGGCAACAUAUAGCUUCAUUGCAAGGUUGGAGUAA